AUGGCAAAGAGAAUUUUUAGUGUAAGUUUUUUACUAGUAUUGUUAAACGUUUUGCACAUAUGCAUUAAAUUUAGUGUUGCUGAUUUACCAACCCAUGUAGAAACAAAGAAUUUAUUAGGUAAAUGGAAAAUUUUAAGGACUAAAACAUCACCAAAUUUGACUACUUGUGGUUCUAGUCAACCUAAUAAGAAUACAUAUAAUGUAGGUAUAACAGAUUAUAAAAAAUAUUUGCUUGAAAACAAUUAUGAGUUUGUUUCAGAAUUGAAUGUAAUAUUAUCAGAUGAUUAUGUAUUAUAUGGUGAUAUAUAUAAUACCCAAGAUAAUGAGCACAGAAGUAAAUGGAAAGUGUUAGCUGUGUAUGAUGAGAAUAAGAGAGUUAUUGGUACAUGGACAACUAUAUGUGAUGAGGGUUUUGAAAUAAAAAUUGGGAAUGAAACGUAUGCAGCUUUAAUGCAUUAUGAACCUAAUGGAAAAUGUGGUCCUGUAUCUGAUGAAGAUUCUUUAGAUUCAAAUGGAGAUACUGAUUGUUAUACUACAAGUUUUAGUAAGAUAAGAUAUGGUUGGUUAGAUGUGGAGAAUGAAAAAAAUGAACAUUUACAUGGUUGUUUUUAUGCAGAAAGAAUUUUUGAUAAUGUAAAUGAAAUUAAACAUUUAGAUUCUUUUACUAUAGAUAAAGAUUCUCAAAAUGUUCUUCAAACAUUUACUUAUGACACUAAAUUAAAUAAUAUCUUAAAUUCUAAUAAUAUGUUAUAUAAAUUUGGUAAUUUACAAAAACCAACAUUUACCAAAAGAAACAAUACAAAUGUACAAUUUAAUUCUGAAUUAAAUUGGCACAGAAUGAAACACCACGGAAAAAAAAAACCAUUGAAGAAAUCCAUGUUGGAUGCAUCAAGACAAACUUAUGCAUGUCCAUGUAACGCUAACGAAGUUGUUGAUAAUGUAAUAAAUAAAGGAGAUUCAGAUAAUCCAGUAUCACCAACCUUAAUUCAAUUAAAUAAUAACCUAAAGAAUACAACACAAACAGGUAAUAAAGAUACAAAUGAAAUGGAUUUAGAAAAUUAUGAGGAUACAUUAAAUUCUCCUAAAAGAGAAUUAGAAAUAAACGAAUUACCAAAGAAUUUCACUUGGGGAGACCCAUGGAAUAAAAAUACCAGAGAAUAUGAGGUUACUAAUCAAUUAUUAUGUGGUUCAUGUUAUAUAGCUUCACAAUUAUAUGCAUUUAAAAGAAGAAUAGAAGUGGCACUUACCAAAAAAUUGGAUAGAAAAUAUUUGAACAAUUUUGAUGAUCAAUUAUCCAUACAAACUGUUUUAUCAUGUUCUUUUUAUGACCAAGGAUGUAAUGGUGGAUUCCCAUAUUUAGUAUCUAAGCUAGCUAAAUUACAAGGUAUCCCAUUAAAUGUAUAUUUCCCAUAUAGUGCAACUGAGGAAACUUGUCCAUAUAAUAUAAGCAAACAUCCUAAUGAUAUGAAUGGUUCUGCUAAAUUAAGAGAAAUCAAUGCUAUAUUUAAUAGUAACAAUAAUAUGAGUACUUAUAACAACAUUAAUAAUGACCACCACCAAUUAGGUGUAUACGCAAAUACUGCAUCUUCACAAGAACAACAUGGUAUUUCUGAAGAAAACAGAUGGUACGCUAAAGAUUUUAAUUAUGUAGGUGGUUGUUAUGGAUGUAACCAAUGUAAUGGUGAGAAAAUUAUGAUGAAUGAAAUUUAUAGAAAUGGUCCUAUCGUUUCUUCUUUUGAAGCUUCUCCAGAUUUUUAUGACUAUGCUGAUGGUGUGUAUUUUGUUGAAGAUUUCCCACACGCUCGUAGAUGUACCAUCGAACCUAAAAACGAUGGUGUCUAUAACAUAACAGGUUGGGAUCGUGUUAACCAUGCCAUUGUUUUGUUAGGAUGGGGAGAAGAAGAAAUUAAUGGAAAAUUAUACAAAUAUUGGAUAGGAAGAAAUAGUUGGGGAAAUGGUUGGGGUAAAGAAGGAUACUUUAAAAUUUUAAGAGGACAAAAUUUCAGUGGUAUUGAAAGUCAGAGUUUGUUUAUUGAACCUGAUUUUUCAAGAGGUGCUGGUAAAAUACUUUUAGAAAAAAUGCAAAAGGAAUUAGGAAAUUAA